AUGUACAUUCGCAAGUCGGUGGUGGCUGCUCGCUGCGUGGGCCGCACCGUCUCCGCGCCCAGCUCGCUGCCUCCACCGGAACCUGCGCUGAUGCGCUCGGCCACUGAGCAGCGCAUGGACGUGCGUCGCCGCUCGGUGACCAAAAUCACUGGACGCAAGCUCCGCGUGCCGCGGAAGUUCGUGGUCACCGACGUGCCCGACGCGCCUGAGGCGACUCGAGACGACGACGAUGAAGACAACAACAACAAUAACAACAACGAAGACUUGUCGGCUUCCAGCUCGUCCGUGCGCAAGGGCAAGACGCAGGUCCGAGGUCGCUUUACCAUCACUGAUUUGUCUCCGGAAUCCCCCGAGGCGUCACGUGAGCGAGAAGACCUGUCGGUCUCGUUAGGCCCUUCGCCCUCGCGUGCCCUCGAGGCCCAGCGUCGACAGGCGUCCAGAAGAAUGUCCACUCGUAAACCUUUUCAGUCGGCAGGUGACGUGCGCUCCUCUGUCGGUCUGACAAAGGCCAGGCUUUCUCAGCAUCAGCAACAGCAGCUGCAACAGGAAGCACCGUUGUUUGCAUCGUUCCAACGAUUGGCGGCAUGCUCGCCUUCAUCUCGUUCCAUGCGCGCGGCGUUGCCGGCCCGUCCAUUGAGCAACCAGAUCACCCAUCAGACCAACAACCAAAGCCCGACAGUGUUUGACCACCACUUGGAGUUCCUGGAGAAGGAGACGAACGGGAUGAAGUCUGUGCUGGAGAAAAUGGUGGCUACUAAUGCCCAGUGGAUCGAGGCUCUGACGUCUGCUGGCCUUGUGCACAGUAACACUGCGCCUAGAGUUAGCGAAAUCUCUAUUUCGGAAUCAGUAGCCCACGUGGAGUCGCCUAUGGAAAAGAAGUACCGUGAAGUCGAAAGAGCGUACAUGGAGCUGCAAGCCAAGUAUGAGAAUGUGUGUCAGAAGAGCGAGCGCUUAGAGGUGAAGAACGCCAUGUUGGAGAUCCGUCUUCAGCAACAGAUCAACCGUGCGACGAUGCUACGAUCGCAGCUUGACAAGCUCACGCAGUACACGGAGAAGCUUAUCGGCGAGUCGUCGGAGCCAACGGUACACGACUACAACUCGGACCUGAACUCAAUCGUUGGGGAACAAUCUGAGGCUCACUCUCCUACUGCUGACGAGAUGACGAGUGGUGGCGAGUAUGGCUUUAAUUAUGAUGUGGUCAAGUCCAGACGGCAACGUUGGCGUGGCGUGGAUGAAGAAUGCAUGUCGGAUACUAGCACGGAGGGCGAGUCGGUGAGGAAAACCUCGUCACCUCCGUCCUACGACCAGGAUGAUAGUAACAACCGAUACUUUAGUGACUUGGAAUUCACGACUGCCGACCUUGCUUCUAGCAACAACCGUGACAGCUUUACAGCUCUCGACUCGCUGCUGAAUGCUCAAUGCAAUCAACUGCGUCAGUCUCUGCGCUCAAAGGACAGGGCGGAUGGGGACGAUCACGUCUCAGUAAUCGGAUCGCUAGACUCGAUGGCUGUGUGUCCGUCUGUCACGAACUGUGACGAGUUCGAGGGAGACAACCAGAUUGGCCAUUCGGGUCCGUUGUCCAAGUCGGAUCUGUUGAAACACAGCAACUCUGUGGCUUCACUCAACUAUUCGACUGUCUCGUCGACCUCGUCGUUGGCUGGCUAUGGACUCCACUUGGCUACUAUGGCUCAGUCUAAGUCUGGGUACUACGCCAGUGUGGCUGCUACCAGCUUGUUUGGCCCACACCCGGAGCCGUACCCAACCGCCUCUAACCAGCAGAGCGACGACAGUACGGUGUACACUGUGCUCAGUCCGGAGAAUCUGCGUUUCCACGACUGCCAGUCUUUGCUACAGGCUGCUGAAGAGAGGAGCUCGCAAACAUCGGCCGCACGACGUGGGUUUCCCUUUACGACAAGAAAGAAUGCCAAUUCGUUGCCGGGGGCGAAUGAAGCUCCCCAGCGAUCACAAUCGACUGGCAGCUUGUUCCAGCGAUUUGCUGUGCGGCGGCGAUAG